AUGGCCGAGCCUCUAUCAUCCUCCGCUGCGGCUGGGCCGUCGGCGUCACCACCGCCGAACGGCGGGCCUCCCGUUCAGGAAGACUUCGUCUACAGCGCAAGCCAAGCCCGCGCAACCGUCGCAUUUGGCGCUAUUGUGACAAUCAUCACCACGGUAUCCGUCAUCGCCCGACUUUACACACACAAAUUCGUUAUUCGAAGGGUUCGGGUAGACGACGCUUGGGCAUUGCUUGCAUUGCUGUGUGUCAUUGCCGUCAACGUCAUGCAAAGUGUCUUCACCAUGCGUUAUCUGCCUGAGAUGACAUCCAUGAUUUCGAAUAAUGCAGGCUCCAGGAUCCCAUACGCAACCGCAAUUGCUUACAACUUGGCCAUGGCCUCGCUCAAGAUGACGUUCUUGUUCCAAUUCUAUCAGAUCUUCAGGAACGUUCGUGUCAUGAGAAUCGUCUACAUGGUGGCGAUCUUCGUUGUUGGAGCUUGGAGCAUCACCCAGAUCCUCCUGGCCGUGUUGGUCUGCGUUCCUAUCCAGGCCAACUGGAGUCUGGACGUCGAGGGAGUCGUGUGUCUACCAACGUUCGUUUCGACGUAUAUCAACGCUACAGGAACUAUGGUGACGGAUGUCAUCGUGCUGUUCCUGCCCUUUCCGACUCUCUGGAGUUUAAAACUUCGCGGACGCCAGAUUUGGGCUGUGUUCGGCGUCUUCGGGAUUGGCGCAAUCGUUCCCAUUAUUUCUGCCGGCCGUAUCUGGAGUCUGGGACACGCGCCCCCGAAAGGCUACAUGAGCACAUCGUGCUGGACUAUCGCAGAGAUUGGCAUCGGCGUCACCACGGCAUCUCUUGCAACGAUUCGUCAUCUCCGAGACCGCCGAGUAAACUCCUUAUUGUCGCGAAGUCUGCCAACAAACCGACGAGAUUCUUUUACGGAAGGAGUCAUGUCACAGAACCCCGCACAACAGUUCUCCCAUCAACGAUCCGGAAGCGAGGUGGAUCUGAUUGGGGUUAAUCGGACGGGAACGAGCGGUUCUCUGGACAGCAAUUUCAAAUUAUUUGGCAAGAAGAAGGGGCUGCCGCCGUCGGCUUUGGGUGCUCAGGACGACCAGACGGACUUGACGCUGAACAAUAAGGGCUCGACAAAAGUCAACAUCACGUCAUUUCGGAGAAAGAAGGAGAUGCCAAUGUCCGAGGGUGCUGCAAAUUUCCUUGGGGAGUUUGGAAUUGUGGUUGAGAGGACGUGGGAAGUUCAGGAAAUCCGUAUGGAAUAG